GCUCUUGUGCAAGAAGUGGUCGGAAAUUUUUCAAAUCGCCUUCAACCCUAUGGUAUAAAAGUUGCUGAACUUACGGGUGACCGUCAACUAACUAAGCAACAGAUAGCCGAAACGCAGAUAAUAGUAACUACUCCUGAAAAAUGGGAUGUAAUAACAAGAAAAGCCACAGAUAGGAGCUAUACGAAACUUGUUAGACUUACAAUUCUUGACGAAGUACAUUUGCUUCAUGACGAUCGUGGGCCGGUUCUGGAAAGUAUUGUGGCAAGAACAAUUCGUCAUAUGGAGCAGACGCAGGAAAAAAUUCGGUUGAUUGGUCUUUCGGCAACACUUCCUAAUUACAUUGACGUCGCCACCUUUUUACGAGUAAAACCUGAUAUAGGCUUAUUUCAUUUUGAUGGAUCUUAUCGUCCGUGUCCUCUAAAACAAGAAUUUAUUGGGGUUACAGAAAAGAAGGCUAUCAAAAGAUUUCAAGUCAUGAAUGAAGUAACUUAUCUUAAAGUCAUGGAACAAGCCGGUAAAAAUCAG